CCUGGGGGGUCUCCCACGGAGGAAGGGCUAAAGGUGUGCUCCCGGGAGGAGGGGUCCGCUCGCCAUGGAAAGGACACGGUGCGCAGUCAGGGUCCCUUUCUGAAGUGGGGGUGGUCCGAGGUCCCUCGGCCUUCACCCGGGAAGAGACGCCCCCUUUUCACGCCCCGCCCCCGGGUGGCCGAGGCUGGAUUCGGAGCGCUCGGGGGCAGCGGACGGAGUACACCGGGUGCCCGAACCCGCCGGGUCCCCGAACCCGCCGGGUCCCACUCACUGCCGCUGGCCGCCGAUCCUACCAUCACGUUCUUCCUUCUGUGGCUUAGCCAUUUUUCUCUCCGCGCUUAGGAACCAUACAUACUAUCAUUCUUCUACCUCUGAAGCAUUAUCCCAUCCUUCUGACAAACGAGCUGUAACCUGUCUUAAUACUGCAAACAAAUCAUAGUGGAACUAAGGGGAACUUAAUUUACCGUUUCCAGGUUAACUAAGGUCUCAGCUUUAAACCAAAAGUGAGAGGAGACAUUAAGAUUUUCAUUCUUACUGGGUUGUCUUCUUCCUGAAGAGCAAUGGAGCCGCUUUUACUUGGAAGAGGACUAAUCGUAUCUCUAAUUUUCUUCCUGUUAAAAUUCUCAAAAGCAAUUGAAAUACCAUCUUCAGUUCAACAGGUUCCAACAAUCAUAAAACAGUCAAAAGUCCAAGUUGCCUUUCCCUUCGACGAGUAUUUUCAAAUUGAAUGUGAAGCUAAAGGAAAUCCAGAACCAACAUUUUCGUGGACUAAGGAUGGCAACCCUUUUUAUUUCACUGACCAUCGGAUAAUUACAUCGAACAAUUCAGGAACAUUCAGGAUCCCAAAUGAGGGGCAUAUAUCUCACUUUCAAGGGAAAUACCGCUGCUUUGCUUCAAAUAAACUGGGAAUCGCCAUGUCAGAAGAAAUAGAAUUUAUAGUUCCAAGUGUUCCAAAAUUCCCAAAGGAAAAAAUUGACCCUCUUGAAGUGGAGGAGGGAGAUCCAGUUGUCCUCCCAUGCAAUCCUCCCAAAGGCCUCCCACCUUUACACAUUUAUUGGAUGAAUAUUGAAUUAGAACACAUCGAACAAGAUGAAAGAGUAUACAUGAGCCAAAAGGGAGAUCUAUACUUCGCAAACGUGGAAGAAAAGGACAGUCGCAAUGAUUACUGCUGCUUUGCUGCAUUUCCAAGAUUAAGGACUAUUGUACAGAAAAUGCCAAUGAAACUAACAGUUAACAGUUUAAAGCAUGCUAAUGACUCAAGUUCAUCCACAGAAAUUGGUUCCAAGGCAAAUUCCAUCAAGCAAAGAAAACCCAAGCUGCUGUUGCCUCCCACUGAGAGUGGCAGUGAGUCUUCAAUUACCAUCCUCAAAGGGGAAAUCUUGCUGCUUGAGUGUUUUGCUGAAGGCUUGCCAACUCCACAGGUUGAUUGGAACAAAAUUGGUGGUGACUUACCAAAGGGGAGAGAAACAAAAGAAAAUUAUGGCAAGACUUUGAAGAUAGAGAAUGUCUCCUACCAGGACAAAGGAAAUUAUCGCUGCACAGCCAGCAAUUUCUUGGGAACAGCCACUCACGAUUUUCAUGUUAUAGUAGAAGAGCCCCCUCGCUGGACAAAGAAGCCUCAGAGUGCUGUGUAUAGCACCGGAAGCAAUGGCAUCUUGUUAUGUGAGGCUGAAGGAGAACCUCAACCCACAAUCAAGUGGAGAGUCAAUGGCUCCCCAGUUGACAAUCAUCCAUUUGCUGGUGAUGUUGUCUUCCCCAGGGAAAUCAGUUUUACCAACCUUCAACCAAAUCAUACUGCUGUGUACCAGUGUGAAGCCUCAAAUGUCCAUGGAACUAUCCUUGCCAAUGCCAAUAUUGAUGUUGUGGAUGUCCGUCCAUUGAUACAAACCAAAGAUGGAGAAAAUUACGCUACAGUGGUUGGGUACAGUGCUUUCUUACAUUGCGAGUUCUUUGCUUCACCUGAGGCAGUCGUGUCCUGGCAGAAGGUGGAAGAAGUGAAACCCCUGGAGGGCAGGCGGUAUCAUAUCUAUGAAAAUGGCACAUUGCAGAUCAACAGAACCACCGAAGAAGAUGCUGGGUCUUACUCAUGUUGGGUAGAAAAUGCUAUAGGAAAAACUGCAGUCACAGCCAAUUUGGAUAUUAGAAAUGCUACAAAACUUAGAGUUUCUCCUAAGAAUCCUCGUAUCCCCAAAUCGCAUAUGCUUGAAUUACAUUGUGAAAGCAAAUGUGACUCACAUUUGAAACACAGUUUGAAGUUGUCCUGGAGUAAAGAUGGAGAAGCCUUUGAAAUUAAUGGCACAGAAGAUGGCAGGAUAAUUAUUGAUGGAGCUAAUUUGACCAUAUCUAAUGUAACUUUAGAGGAUCAAGGCAUUUACUGCUGUUCAGCUCAUACUGCUCUAGACAGUGCUGCCGAUAUAACUCAAGUGACUGUUCUUGAUGUUCCGGAUCCACCAGAAAACCUUCACUUGUCUGAGAGACAGAACAGGAGUGUUCGGCUGACCUGGGAAGCUGGAGCUGACCACAACAGCGAUAUUAGCGAGUAUAUUGUUGAAUUUGAAGGAAACAAAGAAGAGCCUGGAAGGUGGGAUGAACUGACCAGAGUCCAAGGAAAGAAAACCACAGUUAUCUUACCUUUGGCUCCAUUUGUGAGAUACCAGUUCAGGGUCAUAGCCGUGAACGAAGUAGGGAGAAGUCAACCUAGCCAGCCGUCAGACCAUCAUGAAACACCACCAGCAGCUCCAGAUAGGAAUCCACAAAACAUAAGGGUUCAAGCCUCUCAACCCAAGGAAAUGAUUAUAAAGUGGGAGCCUUUGAAAUCCAUGGAGCAGAAUGGACCAGGCCUAGAGUACAGAGUGACCUGGAAGCCACAGGGAGCCCCAGUGGAGUGGGAAGAAGAAACAGUCACAAAUCACACAUUGCGGGUGAUGACGCCUGCUGUCUAUGCCCCCUAUGAUGUCAAGGUCCAGGCUAUCAAUCAACUAGGAUCUGGGCCUGACCCUCAGUCAGUGACUCUCUAUUCUGGAGAAGACUAUCCUGAUACAGCUCCAGUGAUCCAUGGGGUGGACGUUAUAAACAGUACAUUAGUUAAAGUUACCUGGUCAACAGUUCCAAAGGACAGAGUACAUGGACGUCUGAAAGGCUAUCAGAUAAAUUGGUGGAAAACAAAAAGUCUGUUGGAUGGAAGAACACAUCCCAAAGAAGUGAACAUUCUAAGAUUUUCAGGACAAAGAAACUCUGGAAUGGUUCCUUCCUUAGAUGCCUUUAGUGAAUUUCAUUUAACAGUCUUAGCCUAUAACUCCAAAGGAGCUGGUCCUGAAAGUGAGCCUUAUAUAUUUCAAACACCAGAAGGAGUACCUGAACAGCCAACUUUUCUAAAGGUCAUCAAAGUUGAUAAAGACACUGCCACUUUAUCUUGGGGACUACCUAAGAAAUUAAAUGGAAACUUAACUGGCUAUCUUUUGCAAUAUCAGAUAAUAAAUGACACCUAUGAGAUUGGAGAAUUAAAUGAUAUUAACAUUACAACUCCAUCAAAGCCCAGCUGGCACCUCUCAAACCUCAAUGCAACUACCAAGUACAAAUUCUACUUGAGGGCUUGCACUUCACAGGGCUGUGGAAAACCGAUCACGGAGGAAAGCUCCACCUUAGGAGAAGGGAGUAAAGGUAUCGGGAAGAUAUCAGAAGGAGUAAAUCUUACUCAAAAGACUCACCCAAUAGAGGUAUUUGAGCCGGGAGCUGAACAUAUAGUUCGCCUAAUGACUAAGAAUUGGGGUGAUAACGAUAGCAUUUUUCAAGAUGUAAUUGAGACAAGAGGGAGAGAAUAUGCUGGUUUAUAUGAUGACAUCUCCACUCAAGGCUGGUUUAUUGGACUGAUGUGUGCGAUUGCUCUUCUCACACUACUGUUAUUAACUGUUUGCUUUGUGAAGAGAAAUAGAGGUGGAAAGUACUCAGUUAAAGAAAAGGAAGAUUUGCAUCCAGACCCAGAAAUUCAGUCAGUAAAAGAUGAAACCUUUGGUGAAUACAGUGACAGUGAUGAAAAGCCUCUCAAGGGAAGCCUUCGGUCCCUUAAUAGGGAUAUGCAGCCUACUGAAAGUGCUGACAGCUUAGUGGAAUACGGAGAGGGAGACCAUGGUCUAUUCAGUGAAGAUGGAUCAUUUAUUGGUGCCUACGCUGGAUCUAAGGAGAAGGGAUCUGUUGAAAGCAAUGGAAGUUCUACAGCAACUUUUCCCCUUCGGGCAUAAACACAACAUAUGUAAGCAACGCUGCUGGUUCACCCCAACCUUCCAUAUUUAUCUGUUCAAAGGAGCAAGAACUUUCAUAUAGGAAUAGAAACAUGCUGGCCGAAGAUUUCAUCCAGAAGUCAACAUCCUGCAAUUAUGUUGAAAAGAGUAGCACUUUCUUCAAAAUAUAAAAUACCAAGCACUUCAGGCCUAUGUUUUGCUUAUAUUGUUUUCAGGUACUCAAAAUGCAAAACACAAAACAAAUCCUGCAUUUAGAUACACCUCAACUAAAUCCAAAGUCCCCAUUCAGUAUAUUCCAUAUUUGCCUGAUUUUACUAUUCGGUGUGUUUGCAUAGAUGUUGCUACUUGGUUGGUUUUCCUCCGUAUGCACAUUGGUAUACAGUCUCUGAGAACUGGCUUGGUGACUUUGCUUCGCUACAGGUUAAAAGACCAUAAGCAAACUGGUUAUUUAAAAUGUAAAAAGGAAUAUGAAAGUCUUAUUAAAACACUUCAUUGAAAAUAUACAGUCUAAAUUUAUUAUUUAAAUUUUAGUAGCAAAAGUCUUAGGUGAACAAUCAACUAGUAUUUAUUGAGCUCCUAUUUGCCCAGAGAUGGUCAUAUUUAAAGAGAAGUAUACGUUUUUCAGUUUCAACAUCAAUUUUUUUAUUUCUGUCAGUUAUGACAUCCACGAGCAUCACUUUUUGUGUCUGUUUUUUUUUUUUUCUUGGACUAAAUUCAACUGCAUGGAAGCGGUGGUCAGAAGGUUGUUUUAUACGAGAACAGGCAGAAAGUGCCCAUUGUUCAGGGUUCUAAUAGCUACAUCUACUUAAUAUCCUCAUUUCUAAAUUGACUGCUUUUACCUUUUUCCCAUGUUUAUAUAAUGGUAUGCUUACAUAUAUUUCAUGAAUACAUUGUACAUAUUGUGUUAAUAUUUACACAAUUUAAAAUAUAGAUGUGUUUUAUUUUGAAGUGAGAAAAUGAACAUUAAAAGGCAUGUUUGUACAGCUAGAAUAUAUUAGUAACAUACUGUUUUUCAUCAUUCCAGAGCUACAACUAAUAACAUGAGGUUCCAAAGCUGAAGACUUUGUAUAAAGUAUUUGGGUUUUGUUCUUGUAUUGCUUUCCUUCAACAGUUUCAAAAUAAAGUAUCAUAUAAAUAUUGAGGGAAAUGUUUUCAUAUUUUUCAAAAUAGGUUUUUAUUGUUGAAUGUACAUCUACCGCAGCCCCUCAAAAGAAAAACUGUUUACAUAGAAGUUCCUACACAUACGUUUGCGUAUAUGUUAUUUUAAACAUCUUUGUGGUGAGAAUUUUUUCCCCUAUAUUCUCCUUCUGUCAAAGUCAGUACAAAUUCAGGGAAUUUAUUUUCUGGCAGUUGUGCUCCAGUCCUUUUAAAAUUGUACAUGAACAUGUUUUAAAAACAAUAUGGAGGAUGAUGCAUACAUGUCGGUCAAGUUCAGCGCUCGACAUUUUAUGGAAACAUUUUUUUAACCUUACCACGAAAUACUUACCUACUGCUUAAGUGAAAUUGACUUAUUUUACUUUAGUUUUUGAACUGUGAUUAUUGGUAUACUGUUAUAUCCUCAACUUGGAUUUAUGGUAACCCCUUAUAGUUCAUGGAGACCAAAAUUUGGGGUAUUUAUAAUAGUCAGCACAGGAAUGCACAUGGAAUAUCUACUUGUCCUUUUGAACCUCAUGUGUCAUCCAGAAUGUAUAGACAGGAAAAGCAUGUCUUAUUUAAAACUGUAAUUUAUGGGCUCAGGAUUUGACCGCAGUCCCGGGAGUAAGCAUUUCAAAGGGGGAAGGCAGUGUGGUCCCUACCCCGUGUGAAUGUGAGGAUGUAGACAUCCAUCAGUGCGACUCGAGCUCCAUCCUCAUCAGAUUUCUAAGGUUCCAAUUUUCUGGAGGAACAGUCAUCAUGUUUUGAUUUAUCUGGGAGAAAAUUGUGGUGCACAGCUUGUGAGGAGGGCAAGGUUGUGACGUUCACGUUCAGUUCUGGUACUAUUCUGUCUCCUCUUCUUUGUCAUCAGCCAAAAAGUAGUUUUU